CAUUAGAUCAAGGGGAGAUAUGCAAUUUACAUCGAAAAUUUUACAGAACGAUGUCUGCUGUCUUCCAUCGUCUUCGGCCGCGGCUAUCUUACCUUCCUUCGGUGUUCUUGCGUUAGAACAGAUCUCCGAUUGGGCGGAAAUUGUCCUCAUUUUUUACAAAUUGUUUCUUGUUUCAGCUGUGGAGGCCACAUUUUUCUAUACAAACUUCUUAUCGUCCAAGGAGCAGAGCGUACGUGAAAUCGAGAGAGAGUGUAUGCACAAGAUUUCUGUGUUUAUGUUAUAGUGGCUGUUUGCAUGAUUAAUAUUAGUAAUCGAUUUAAUUUUAGGGAAUUUUUGUCGGGAUCCUUUUUGGGUAUCUUUUGGAUGACCCCUUCGAUGUGUAUUUUGAUCCUUGAUUGGAUGCUGCUCUAUAGAGGAAAUGACAACUAGCUGUUAAUAGAACGCGUAUAAGUAACUUAUGAAAGCAUUCGAGGGAAGUUUGAUUGGUUUUUCUGUAACAAAUUUGGGGGCAACAGAAAUGGAGGGAAUGAAAUGCUUGUGAUAGCAUCUGUAAUUGUAAAGCAGGCAAUUUGAAAUGAGAAAUCAGGGAGCCGAUUGAGAUAUCGGCUUUAGUUUGGGGCUUUCGAAGCUUUGAUGAGUUAAUAGUUGAGAGUCAUUACAUCAUUAUCGCACAUAUGAAGAGCACUGAAUUUCCUUCACCUAGAAGAUGCAGUGUUAGUGUGUUCAACAACAAGCCUUCGAAUCCAAUGACGAAAUCCUUCUGGGGCUCUCGCCGGCAAAAGAGAGUUGGUCGAAUUUUGAGACAAAGAUUGUUUUUUUGGUUGUUGUCUCCUGCAGUGAUCUUAUGUAUAUAUGUUGCAUAUUUUGGAAUAAAGAUACAUAUUCAUGGGACUGUGAUGUCUCUAAAGAAUGCCAUAGAAAAAUCUAGUGCAAAUAAUGUAUCAGAACAACCAAAGAAGCCACGAAAGCAGCGAUACUUUCCUUGUGAGGUGUCAUUUCCGAAUUCUGUAACUCAUAUUGUUGAGCCUGAGGAGAACACUACAUUUGCCCCUUUUUCCUUGGGAUAUGUUGAAAAGGAGGAAAGGAACCUUCUUGGUGACACUACUGAAGCUCGAUUUGGAGGUCACCAAACUCUUCAAAAUAGAGAGAAGUCGUUUCAUGCAAUGAAUCAGACAAUUCAUUGCGGCUUUGUGAGUGGAUCUGAUGGAUUAGGCACUGGAUUUGAUUUGAAUGAGAAGGACAAAAAAUAUAUGAAUACAUGUAGAGUUGCUGUGUCCUCGUGCAUCUUUGGAAGCUCCGAUUUCUUGAGAAGGCCCGCUAGCAAAAUGAUCAGUGAAUACUCCAAGAGAAAUGUUUGUUUUGUUAUGUUUGUCGAUGAGCAAAGCUUAACUAAACUCUCUGCCGAAGGAAAUGUUCCGGAUGAAAGUGGAACUAUUGGGUUAUGGAAGAUAAUUGUCGUAAAGAACUUACCGUAUAAAGAUUUGCGGAAAAGCGGAAAGGUGCCAAAAUUUCUAUCACAUCGUCUUUUUCCUUCUUCUAGGUAUUCAAUUUGGUUGGAUAGCAAGCUACGGCUGAAUGCAGACCCAAUGCUGAUCAUCGAACGCUUUUUGUGGCGAGCCGGUGCAGAAUAUGCCAUUUCAAAUCAUUAUGCUCGCCACUGUGUUUGGGAGGAGGUGCUCCAAAAUAAGCGGCUAAAUAAGUACGACCAUACGGCUAUUGAUGAGCAGUUCAACUUUUAUCAGUCGGACGGACUUGUUAAGUACGACGCAUCGGACCCUAAUACUCCUCUCCCGAGCUAUGUGCCUGAAGGGUCUUUCAUUAUUCGGGCGCAUACUGCAAUGUCAAACUUGUUCUCGUGCCUUUGGUUCAAUGAGGUGGAUCGGUUCACGUCACGGGAUCAGCUGAGUUUUGCGUAUACUUAUCUGAAGCUGAAGAGACUCAAUCCUGACAAACCUUUCUAUCUCAACAUGUUCAAGGACUGCGAGCGAAGAGCCAUCACUAAGCUGUUUCAUCACAGAACAGACACAUAGAUAUAUGCAGACUGUAGUGCAGUAGAGAACUAACUCUUGCUGUAAGAAAGCAGUUGGAAUAGUCUUGGUUGGUUGUCUUAAGCAGGUAUGAAUCUGCUAUCCUGUUUUAAUCAAAACUGUCUUGUAAUGGCUAGUGAGGACGACGCUGGUUGGUGUUUAAAUACGUGUGUACACUAAAUAAGAUAAAAUCCUAUUCCUUUUAUAUAUAAUUUUUACUGUA